UCUUUUGAUUAUUUGUCGAGUAUGAAAAUUAUUCAACUGUGAGUCUUCCAAGUGAGCGGUUGUAGAAUAAAAGUAUCUCCGUAAAAUAUAAAUUCGAAUUGAUCAGCAUUUCUAUUAACUUUUUUUAUAAAAUAAUGGAUAGAUUUGUGCUAGUAAAAUUUAUUUUGAACGGCGAACAUAAGUGGGAAGCAGUUCCUGAAUUAUGGGCUAAUUUGAAUGAUAAUGAAUUUCGUUGGCCUGAAUGUGGAGAUGUUGAGUUGCAUCUAAGGCAAGAGGUAGAAAACAUUCCUGCUACUCAUACUUAUCAUUGGCUUUUUUAUGAAAUUGAAGAACAUUCUGGACGCUGUUUUGGAUUAGCUGAUAAACCAGAUGAAAUGAAAGAUAUAUUAAACAGAAUGUCUACUGUAGUAGGAAAACAUGACGUAACUCUCGAGUUACGAAGGUAUAAAUUAAUGAUUCAACAACUAAAAGAAGAAAACCAGUCAAUGAUAGACGAACUACAGUGGUGUAAAACAGUCAAGCGUCCAAGACUAAGAAAUAUGAUACCAAUCAAGACUUUGAGAGGCUUAGCAAACCUUGAUGAUAAAUUGAAAAAUACUUAUUGGGCCAAUUUAGCAUUCGAUAAUCUAAUGAAAAUAUUGACAGUUGACAAAUACCAUAUAGAGGAAAGUAUUAUCAAAAUACUAUUCGCUGUCUUUUCACACAAUGUAGACUAUGAUAACAAGGAAAAAUUUAGAGAAAAAUUUCCCCGAUCAAAGUUAUUCAAGAAGAUUAAGCAAUAUAUAUAUACCCUCGAUCCAAGUUUUCGAGUUGAUGAGUAUAUCAACAAUAUAUUGGUAAGAAGAAUAUUAGUAAGAGAUCGAGAUCUUUCUGCAUUAUAAAAAAUGCAUUUUUCGUUAUUUGAUUUUUUAAAAAUAAUAUCGUAAUGCGAAUUGUAAAAAAAAAUGAAAACUUAAGAAUUCAAUUUGUAAUAUUUUUUAUAAAUAUUCGUAUCAAUAAAUUUUUAUGCAUUUCUA